GGGCCAAUCUCGUUAAUGUUGAAAGAACCAGCGGAGGAAGAUCUUCUCACCUUUUUUUUCAUGGCUACAGGGUUAUUUGGGCUAGGCUAUUGUUAGGACAGAGGAUAAAAUGGCUGUGAACUGGUAUUAAGGGUCACUCUUUACGUUGGAGAACAAUUCUUCAAGCUAAAAGAGGUUGGAUAAUUGGAGAAAGAGCUAACGUAGAUCUUGAAGAUGGAGGUAUCGGAAGGUAUUUAUACGCUGGAAUGGCUGGUUGUGAUCUCAAGUGAAUUGAAAUUUGCCCCACACGUUAUUUGUAGAACACCUUAUACAGCAAUUUUAAGUUUGUCCAUGACCUCAGGAGGAACGAAGGCCAAAGCCGGUAACGAUUUUCUUCAUAGAGAGCUAGAUACUACAUGUACGCAUACGCAUUUAGGGUAUCUAUGUACUCGGAAACGCCUCCUUAUACCAGUGGAGCAUAGAAAACGUCAAGUUUCAACUAUUGGAGGCCAUAGAAGCUGGUAUUGGUGUCUUCUUUAAACCAUAUUUGGGUUUGGGUAAAGGUAAUUUGAUAUGGAAGGUUACUGGAGAAAAGAAACUACAACAAAAGUUUAUAGCUGGGUGUACAAAUGGUCACC